CUAUUAUUUGAAGAUUUGUCUGAGUUUUUUUUCCACUUUGUGAAAAAAUGUCAAGUCUAAUGGAAAGUGAAAUUCAGGAGUGGCUAGCAACAGCCUUAAAACCCCAAAAUUUGUCCAAUUUCUCCGUAAAACUUGUGGGAAAUUCAGGCAAAGGCGAUGGUUACAUGGGUGAUAURAUUUUCGUGCAAGUCUCAACUCCUCACCAAAAACUCAAUCUAGUGUUAAAAUGCAGCAAAAAGUGCAAAACUCCUCAACAACACCAAAGUUUCGCCCGAAUUUUCCUCCACGAAAUGUUCCUCUACGAAACUCUCCUACCAACUUUCAUCAACUUCCAAAAAGAGAAAAAUUUGGGGGAAAUCUUCGACAGUGUGGCCAACUGUUACGGCAGUUACAAGAGCGAAACCACUCASGUGAUAGUUCUUGAAGAUUUGAAGAAAUUGGGGUACGAAAUGUGGCCAGUGAAGAAGCCCCUGAAUCGGGCACAUAUCGAGUGUGUUGUGCGAGAGUAUGGGAAAUUUCAUGCGACUUCAGUGGCCCUGAAAACGCUAAAACCUGAAAAGUUUCAAGAGAUUCUAACUUCGUUGGGGCGCACUUUAAGUGACAUUUUUGGGUCGCCUAUAUUGCAAGGUAUUGUCACAACAUGUGUGGGAAAAGGGAUUGAGUUACUUGAGGGUCAAAUGGAGGAGAAAAUCCUCACAAAAUUGAGGCUUUUGAGGGCGCAAAUCCCAGACUUAGUUCAGGAAUUUGAGGAAAAAGCGCCCCUGAAAGUGGUGUGUCAUGGCGACUGUUGGAACAAUAAUUUCAUGUACAAAUAUAACGACGAUUUUCAUGUUCCGUCAAAAGUCGCCAUAAUCGACUGGCAGAUUGCCUCAUACGGAACACCAAUCUCCGACUUGUCUUAUUUCCUUUUCAGUUGUAUUUCAGAACAAGAUAUUGAAAAUCUGGAUGAUAUUUUGAGUGUUUAUCACCGAUCGUUUUCAAAUCACCUGAAAAACUUUGGUUUGAUUCCUGAAAAUUUGUAUCCACGUGAACAGUUUMCAAAUGAUUGGAAAACUUGUGCCAAAUAUGGACUUAUAAUGGCACAUAUGGCCACAAGAGCUUCGUAUGUUGAAAAGGAAAAUAUCGUGGAUUUGGGGGAAGCACUGGAUCGGGGAUUGAAUAUGGCGGAUUAUUUCGGAGGAGCAGAGCUCGGGGAUUUAGAGGGAUUCAAAAAACGAAUUAGUUAUUUGGUCAAAUACGCCUACAAACACAAUUUAUUAUAAAAAAAAAUAUAAUUUUUUUUUUUAUUAAAUCAUUGCUGACAGACAACAAACAAACUAUAAUAUUUUUCAUCUGAAUUUUCAAAGUGCAACUGAUUAAAGAGAUAAGAAAAUUUGAUAAGUAAAAACAAAAUUUUAUUAAGUAUUUUCAAUUAAAUCAAAUUAUUUUUAACAACAUACUCUAUAAUCGCUUUUUUACUUUUCGGGUACAACAAUGAGAUAAACAAAAUUGAUUAUAAAAGCUUCACUAUUUAUUUCCAAUAAAUUAAAAAUCGUUAAAUCAUUAAUCCCAUUCCUCAAAAUGUGUUCCAAAAUAAUUCCUGUAAUAAAAAAUUUAACGUAAUCUUCAAAAAAACUCCGAUAAUUCUAAAAACAAUUCCAGUAAUCACAGAUAAUUCCAGUAAUUUCCUUUAAUUCUAAACUAGAUUUUUCUACAUCUUUACGUUUAUAAUCUCAUAUCUAUAUGUAUACAAAAGAUUGAGUCCAGUCCUGGAAUAAAAUGGAUUUUAGCC